CAACUCCAACGAUCUCAUCCUUUGCAUGCUUGAAACGUAGUUACUUGAACUGAGCCACUGCCAUGACAUCUGUAACCGUCGCUGUCAUGGCUGCACCGAACGCGAACUGGUUGCAGAUUAUCAGCGACCCCGAAAAUGCGAAUCUAGACAUUGUUACAGUUCAUGGCAUGAAUGUGUUCGGUUCCGAUGGCCACUCCGAGAACACCUGGACAGAGGAAGAGUCGAGGACACACUGGCUGAAAGAUCUCCUGCCCGAAAUCCUCCCGAGAGCUAGAAUACUAGCAUACAAGUAUAACGCGAAUGUUGUAUUUAGGUCAUCAGCUGCCGGUAUAGAGGAGCAGGCCCGCAACCUACUGCAUUGCCUCCAUUCAGAGAGGAGAGGAUCACAGGCGGUCCGACCUCUUAUCUUCAUUACGCAUAGCAUGGGCGGAAUUCUCGUGAAAGAAGCCUUGGCAACUGCUUUCCACGAUAGCCAAUGCUACUCGAUGCUUUGGGUCUUCACGUAUGGCAUCGUUUUUUUUGCUGUUCCUCAUAAGGGCUCCAGGCACGCUGCGUGGGGGAGGACAGCUGCGCAAAUAGUGCAGCUAUGCACUGGACAGCCUAACGAGAGCUUCCUUGGGAGCGUUGAACAAGGCUCUAACUAUAAUAUCCAACUUAAUAAGAGAUUCGAACCUUUGCUCAACGCAUUCAAGUUCCUCAGCAUCUGUGAGACGGUGCCGGAACGCGUUGGCAUUGAGGUUGGACUUAUCGUCCAACUGGACUCCGCUAGUCUGGACCUGGAUGACUCGCAAGAAGUCAAGUUAUAUCCCAACCGUACUCACAGAACAAUAUGCAAAUUUGCUAGCAGCUCAGAACCUGAAUGGCAACAGAUUUCCGGGAUUCUGGUUCAUGCAGCUGCUUGCGCCGUUAAUUAUACCGCUUACAGUCCAACCAUAAACGUGCGCCAAAUGACAGUGAUGCAUUCGGACGGUAUAGACACACCUGCAGGUCUAUACUCUGUCUAUGAGGCACAGCUCACCAUUGAUACUGUGAAAAGGCUCUUUGACCAGCUACAUAAGGAAGAGGAUCUAAUAAGGAAUGAAGUUCGAGAAGUUGUUUCAUGGUUUUGGCCCAUUCUUGUCAUGCUUGGAUUUUUCACUGGGGGUCUUAUCUUUGUUUUUCUUCCGACUUUCUUCCUCCCGCGCGCAAGCACUAUCAUGGACAAUGCAGAACAUGCCCGGCAGUCUCAGGAACGACUUAUUGAGUUCCAAAGACAAGGUAUUGUGAGACUUGAUUCUCAGAGGGCUAGUGUGCUAGCAGCUAUUGUCGGCCUUCGGCCACUUCUUGUGCAUGGAGAGUUGCCGCCAAAUGUACUUGCACCUAGGAUGGAAGAGGAACUUUCCCAGCAAGCUUUACGAAUUCUCAGGGAUUUGGAGAGGCGGUACCGCAUGAUAUCUGAGGAAACAAGAAGGCUAAGAAGGAUUGAAGAUGGCCAGAGAGAGGCGCAAGGUAUGGACAAUCGGCAGCUCUUGGAGAUGAUCGGCAGUCGUGCACAAGAGGAGCGAGAUAUACUGGAAGCGAGGCAGGCAGCUGCGCCGAGUGAGGAUACCGAGGACGAAACUUGUUGUGUUAUACUCUGAUUUAUGGGGAUAGAAGUGUUACAACCUACCAUAGUAGCCUGAGGCUCGGGUGUCUGGCGGACAUCACAGAGAACUCUAUGGCAUGUGAUGAGGUCACAUGAAGGUCACGUGACGGAUGGCUGGAUCUGAGGAACGAUCCAUGAUCCAGGAUCGAUGGAUCUGCUAGAUGAUUAAUAGAUUACUAGUGUAUAAAGGUUCUAUAUAAUCUCCUUAUAAUUCCUAUAUCUUAGAUAGAAGUCUCG